AUGGCAACCUGCUCCCAGCUGCCCUCUAGAACCCGCUCCCCAAUUGAUCAGGAAGAGCUGGGACCCCAACUUCUGUCAACCCCCUUUGUCAAACUUGGGGAAGUCUCCCUCAAGCGCAUCACACGCCUCCUCCUUGGCCUCCUUGGCCAAGUUGAGAACCUCAAACAGAAGGUUGAAGAAGUCCAAGAAGCAGGGGUCAAGGCCCAAAUCAACCUCAAGAACAUCUCCCAGACAGUCAAUACUGUCAAGGACGGGCUCAGGAGUCUCCAACUCCACAGGCCAAGGACCCCAGAGGACCAAAAACCCCCAGUUGUGGAAGCAACACCACGCCCCCUACCAAAAGCCAACCCUACUGGAACAGCUAGUUGGGUCUCCUUCUGGGCUGAACCUUCCAAGGCCCCUACCAUCUUUGCCCAGCCCACACCAGUCCAAGCAGUACCCCUGCAAGUCCCUUCUCCCCCUGUAUCUCCAUGUCUCCAAUCCCCAAUUGGAGCCACUGCCCCUCCACCUCUGGCUCCAGUCGCUGCCUAUCCUGCCCUGGUCAAAGUAGACCACCCAGAUGCCUAUACAGGCAAGAUUGGGAGCAAAGCCAAGCAAUGGCUUACAAGGAUGUUUGCCUGGACCCGGCUAAAUUCACGCAUGUUCCCCACGGACCAAGAGGUCCUGUCAUUCCUUCUCAUGAAUAUGAAGGAUUUGGCAGGGGCAUGGGCGCACCCUCACCUCAACCAGCUUGGAUCACACCAGGCCAUUAUCCAAACCGUCAAGGGAUUUAAAAUGGAGUUCUUGGCAGCAUUUGGUGACCCUGACGCCACAAGGGCUGCCAAGCGGAAGAUCACAACCCUUACCCAGUCUGGCACAUGCGCAGACUACAUCACAAAGUUCAGAACCCUUGCAAUGGAACUGGACUGGAAUGACGCAGCCCUUAGAGGCCAGUUUGCCCGUGGCCUCCACUGGGAGGUCAGCCGUCAAAUUGCGACCCGUGAAAAUUGCCCUCAUACCCUCCUUGAGCUGCAAAAUGCAGCACUUGUCAUCAACAACACUCUCCGCAAAGAGCAAGCUAGCCAUCCGCCAAAGGAUAAUAAGUCUAGCAGACCAUCCAACCCUGCAAGGGGGACAAGUACCGGCCAAUCCACAACUGGUUUGAAGAAACUCUCCAACAACCCCAACUUUGUGUUGGAAGAGGAGCGCAAUUGCUGCUGCGCUGCAGGCGCCUGUAUCAAAUGCGGCAAAAUGGGUCACAAGUUUGCAGAAUGCCACACGGGCUGGAAGGCUACCCCAAUCAAGGAUAAGGGGAAAGCCAAGGAAACCGCCAAGACCGGCAAAGACUCUGAGUACCAAUCAGGAAAAGAGUAA